AUGCAGAACAAAAUUCAUGAUUGGUGCAUUCAUGUUUAUUCAAUGCAAUCAUUCUUAUAUGGCUUAGUGAAUAAAUCAUUAAGAGAUGAAGAUUUGAGUAAAGUGGACACACUAGGAGCAUAUUGUUAUUUACUAUCAUUAAAUCUGUACGAUAAUGAUAAAGAAGAUUCUACUCUUUAUCGUGGCGUUGAAUUGACAGAUGAAAUGAUCAGUGAUUAUAAGAAUGCUGUUGGUAGACAGAUUAUUUGGUCUAGCUUUACAUCAUUAUCAAGAUCACGUAAAGAAGCUGAAAAAUUUGGAAAGAAUACACUCUUUAUUGUUCGUCUCACUGGCAAUGUGUACUGUUCAAAAUAUAUUGCAGAAUUAUCAAAAUUUUCAUAUGAAGAGGAGGUGUUAUUGAGACCUGUGCAUCCAAUGUGGAUUGUCAAGUUCGAUUAUGAUGAAGACAAGAAAAGAUAUCUCAUUUAUCUUAAUGAUGAUCCGGAGUACUGGCAAAGGCAGGGUGAUAAGUCAUCACCAUGA